AUGAAGCUGAGAGAGGGAAAUUCGCGUGGUUUUUCAACAAAGAAUACCCACAAGCCAAGUCAGCUUUUGUUCAAUGAUGGUCAAUUCUCAAAAGGAAAGAACACAAUUGCUCUUUCUACUAUCCAACUGGAGCAAAAAGAACUUGUCGAACGCAUCAAAUCCGAGAAACGUCUAGCUAGCAACAUAUCGGACACAAGUACAAGCAUCUUGAAUGAACUGGACACUUCUGAUUCAAUCAAUGACGAUGUCAGAGUCAAACAAGAACGCGAAGCUAAAACCAAUAUUGACUUACACGAACCAAGCAGAUCCAGUGGCGGUAACAGGAAACGACACAUUGAGCCAGAUAUAGACGAUCCCAACUUCUAUUGCCGUUCAUGCGAAUAUACUUUCAAAACCCAAGCUAGCUAUCGACAGCAUUUGAGAAGCUUUCACAAAGUGAAGUGGCCACCAUUGCAUUCUAUUAAAAACCCUGAUAUUUUGCCUGACUGGGAUGAUCCAAACCAAUACUGUAGAUCCUGCGAACAUACAUACAGUUCAAGAUCAAACUACAUUAAUCACUGCAAAACGAUCCACAAGAUGGAGAAGCCUAUUAAAUUAGUAACAAGUGUCCCGGAUGUCAAUGAUCCCAAUAACUACUGCAAAGUAUGCAAUCGUACUUACAAUCGUGAAUAUGACUACAAGCGGCAUUGUCUAUUCUUACACGGAGUGAAGUCAGUCGAAUCUGCAAGUCAGAAGUCUACCACAGGCAGUAUGAUAGACACUUAUUGUCAAACCUGUGAUAGACGUUUCGCAAGCAUUCAAAUUUAUAGCAAGCAUUUAUUCGCUGUUCACAAUGUGUAUUGGGAGGUUAUGCAACAGAAACCGAAAGACGUACUGCCAGAUGUUAACGAUCCCAACUUUUACUGUCGUUCUUGUGAUAGAAAAUUGGCCAACAGGGAUUCCUUCAGAAAUCAUUUAAUGCUGGCACACUCGAUUUAUCUAUCAGCACCAAAGAAAAACAGAGUAAAGCCAGAUGUCAACGAUCCCAACAAUAACUGCCGCGCAUGCGCAAAAACCUAUCCUUCCAGAAAGGUAUAUCGAAUGCAUCUUCGCCUAACACAUCAAAUGAAAUUACCGUCAUUGAGAGUGAGUGCCAACCGUGAAGAUCUACCAAAUCCAUUUGAUCCUCGCUAUUACUGUAAUGUUUGCAACAAAUCCUGGAAAACGCUAGGACGCUAUCGAGCCCACUGCAAGCUUGUUCAUCUCAUGGUGCUAUCUCACAGCUCUAUAACCAAUCCCACUGCAACAAUCGAUACCAACAAUCCAAAUUUCUACUGUGCCCAAUGCGAGCGCUCUUACUGUAAUAAAGAAUAUUUCAAAGAGCAUUUGAGAAGAAUUCAUUCUAUCUGA